AUGGCCGAGGCCGGAGAAUUCAUUACAGUGGCCACCAGUCCGCCUUCCACUUCAGCCAAGCCUCAACGGAGGUCCCGGGCUGUAUCCAACCUGACGCGACAGCAAGUCCAACACAAACGAGAUCAGGAUCGUAGGGCGCAACGGCGCCUCCGGGAAGGAAACAAGACCUGCGUCGAAUCUCUCGAAAGCACAAUCACUUGCCUGAAAUCUACUCAUGCUGAAGAGAUUGCCGCUAAAGAGAGAACCAUCAAAAAUUUGAAUGAUGAGAUGAGGACGGACGAUUGCCGUGGCAGCGCGGCUGGUUCGUCAUGCCAGAUGCCCUCCCCCAGGCACCUCAGGCAGGAGAGCGUAGCUCUUGCAAUACACUUUUCAGCGCACACCCUCAAAGGGUUCACAGCGAGGCAAUCCGGCCCCUCCGUAUCAGACGCUGCAUGCCAGACGGAGCUGGCUACAACCAAAUCUACAGCCCUUACACGCCAUUUAGCGCCAAGCACGCUCUUAGACCACAUUCUCCUUGGAUUUCUCCGUUUUCAUUCUCACCCGACUUCCACAGAUGCCGCACAACCUCUCAUGGGAGGUUCGGAUGUGUCGCUGAAGGCUUACCUCCACACUGAGCUCUAUGGUAGCAUAGAUCCAAUCAGCAGGCUUAUGAACGAGGUUCUGUCCACGUUUGCCCACGUCCGAGCACCGGAAAAGAUUUCCUUCAUCCGUGCGCAGUGGCAAGUCUACCCUACCAAGUCCACUUUCGCCGAUCUACCACGUUGGCUCCGACCUGCGGCAACCCAGAUUACGGUACCGCAUGAUGCUUGGAUAGAUAACAUACCUUGGUAA